CUGUGCGUCCCGCUCGAGCGCCCCCGGCCCGGCUCACCCUCUUCUCCCUCGGUUGUCGGCCCGGUUCUCGUCCAGCGCGCCACGCCGCCGCGCGCAGAGGAAAAUGAGGCGGUAACGGGCCCCCGGAUGACACCGCGUCACCACUGUGAGGCCUACAGCUCCGCCGGGGAGGAGGAGGAGGAGGAGGAAGAGGAGGAGGAGAUAGCUACAUCAAGCUGGAAUGUUUCUCCAUCCCAGAGAGAUGAAGUAAUUCAGUGGCUGGCCAAACUGAAGUACCAGUUCAACCUAUACCCAGAAACAUUUGCUCUGGCUAGCAGUCUUUUGGACAGAUUUUUAGCUACUGUAAAGGCCCAUCCAAAAUAUUUGAGUUGUAUUGCAAUCAGCUGUUUUUUUCUAGCUGCGAAGACAGUUGAAGAGGAUGAGAAAAUUCCAGUUCUGAAGGUAUUGGCAAGAGACAGUUUCUGUGGAUGCUCUUCAUCUGAAAUUUUAAGAAUGGAGAGAAUUAUUCUUGAUAAAUUGAAUUGGGACCUUCACACUGCCACACCAUUGGAUUUUCUUCACAUUUUCCAUGCCAUUGCAGUGUCAACUCGGCCUCAAUUACUUUUCAGUUUGCCCAGAUUGAGCCCAUCUCAACAUUUGGCAGUCCUUACCAAGCAACUCCUUCACUGUAUGGCCUGCAACCAACUCCUGCAAUUCAAAGGCUCCAUGCUUGCUCUGGCCAUGGUUAGUUUGGAAAUGGAAAAACUCAUUCCUGAUUGGCUUCCUCUUACAAUUGAACUGCUUCAGAAAGCACAGAUGGAUAGUUCCCAGUUGAUCCAUUGUCGGGAGUUGGUGGCACAUCACCUUUCUACUCUGCAGUCUUCCCUGCCUCUAAAUUCCGUUUAUGUCUACCGCCCCCUCAAGCACACCCUGGUGACCUGUGACAAAGGAGCGUUCAAGGUACAUCCCUCCUUUGUCUCAGGCCCAGAUUUCUCCAAGGACAACAGCAAGCCAGAAGUGCCAGUCAGAAGUACAACAGCCUUUUACCAUCAUCUCCCAGCUGCCACUGGGUGCAAGCAUACCUCUGCUAAACGUAAAGUGGAGGAAAUGGAAGUGGAUGAUUUCUAUGAUGGAAUCAAACGGCUCUAUAAUGAAGAUAAUGCUUCAGAAAAUGUGGGUUCUGUGUGUGCCACUGAUUUAUCAAGACAAGAGGGAAAUGCUUCCCCUUGUCCACCUUUGCAGCCUGUUUCUGUCAUGUAGUUUCAUGUGUAAACUAAGGUUGAGUACUCUGGGAGUGAGAACAUACUAAACUAGAAAAGGCUAUAGAGAAGGAUAUGUAUUUUAUCAGACUGAUUUGAAGUGAGCCAGGGGUGGGUUGGGGAAACAAAAAAAAAAAAACACCCUUGUUCAUUUGUGC